GAAGUACUGGGCAUGCGCGUCAGCCUUCACAUCCGCCAUCUUGGGCUUGGAAAGAAAACACAGAACACAUGCAACUGUCAACAGCACGGAAAAAUCCGCAAAAACUCAGAAAUGGCGACGUCUAUUAACGUCCUAGCUGAGGAGCCUGAACCGGGGACUCUUCCACCACCGGGGAGAGUCAAAGAAGUCCGUAAAGAAUGGGCGGUACGGGAGGAUGGUGCCUUCGCCAUGCAGCUUCAGGAGGAGGAAAUCGAGCAGCAUUACUUGGGAAACAUCAGCCGGCGCCGUACCGUACGGAAGGAUCUCGUUGUCGCGAAGGACGUCCAGCACGAAGAGGAUCGUGUGGUUCAGGAGGCCCUCAUGAAGAGGAUCGAAGAACAGCGGAGAUUAGAGGAACUAGACCGAGCUGUUGCAAGUAGCAUGCAGGAAGCACUGGAGAGAGAACAGGAAAGGAAGGUCUUCCAAAAGGAGGCAGAUGAGUUAUGGCUGGCGUCUGAGCUCGAUGCACAGAGGAGGCAGGAGAUAGAAGAUGAGGAGUUGGCUAAGAAACUGCAGGACAGGGAAAGAAGACGGUUAGAGAGAAUCAGCGCCAAGAGGAGAGAAAAAGCCAUGGAGGCAGAGAAGUACCACCAAGAUGCUGCCGCUGCCAGGGACGCAGGUGCGUCAGCUGAAAACCUUGAAGCCGACCUACAGCUGAUGAAAGUGGGCUCGCCGCGUCGCGCUGUUGAGCUGCCGCCAGAGGGGUACCUGGACGACUUUGUGGAGAACAACGCGGACCCGGGGCUGAACGACGACAGCUGGGUCCCGCCCGAGGAGCGAGAGGAGGGCGAGGGGCAGGCGCAGGCUGAUGAUGUGGUGGUGCCGCGCCCGUAUGAGGCUGACGAGGCCUUUGCCAGAUUCCUGCAGGAACAGGAGAAACAGAACGUGAACGUGUCCAGGAAGGACCGAGCUGCCGCCGCCACAGCGCAAGACGAGGAAAUAGCCAGAUAUCUCCAGGAUCGAGAAAGACAACUGUUUGUGAAGGGGAUACGAGAAAGGGCCAAGAUUAAGCACUCCAAAUCAGACCAUUCCCACCUUCAAAAUAAGCUACAACAGGAUUACAAGAGACAACCAUCUGCGCCUGCUAGUAAUGUUGUAAGGGGCAGUAGUGGUAGUCUGCAUAGAGCAGGUGACUCGGCAGCUGGUGGCUCAGUGAUUGGUGCAGCCGGUGGCGCGACGGGCGGUUCUGGAACCGGGUCCCACGACAGACGCGCAGACUCACGAGGAUCCAGCUUGGGAAGGAACGGAACCAUAAACACAGAGGUGAAGCCAGUAGGAGGCCUCUACGUUGACCUUGGAAGGCAAAGUCAUGACCUUCGUCACAGACCAAGGACAGUCCAUGCUGUUUCCAGAGUAUUGUCCUCAUGGAGCUCCAAAUUUGGUUCAGGAUCAGGGACUAGUAAGACUGAGGCUGUGCGAGAUGUCGCUCCGGACUCACAACCGCUCCAAGACGUGGCCGACGCCCGUUCCCGCGGCAACAGCAGUUCCUCCUCCUCCCCACGAGGUACCACCAGCAAUGACUCUACACCAAAUUUCGAAAAUAUCAACAUAGCCAGUUUGAUAGAUCCGACAUGCCGCGACAGACCGCCCGAACAUCUGACCUCCGAGCAACAAGGGGGUCAGCACUGGGUCAGCGUCAAGAAAGUAAACCUGCCGCCGACCGCUUGCGCUGGUGCGGGUGGGGAGGACGGAUUCCUGGGGAGAGACAACGAUCAGCCGGUAGUCAUCGUACAGGGGGAGAAGAGACACAGCAAGAAGGACAAGAAGAGUUCGGGAAAAAGCUGGUUCAGGAAAGGGUCCAAAAAGGGGGGUACACCAGAGGAGGGUAGCUAAUUAUUAUUGUUCGGUAGGUACAGGGCUUUGUUUUUACUGGGUAUGGGUGCACAGGUGCAUGUGGUAGCAGAUAUGUUGGUAGGCUAGGAAGAGGACAGGGUCUGGGUGCAGUUUGGAGACCACUAAGCUGCUAAAAGUCUGCACAAGUACAUGAGUAGUGGUGUGUACCGGUAAGCCGAACCGGAAUUGGACUUGCUAUAAGUUUCGGUUCAAGUCUGGUUAAAACCGAACAUGAGUACAUGAUUGUAUGACACUCUAAUACCAUGUACUACAAUUUGAUGUAAACUGCAUUAACUUUCUGGUUUAUAGUCUUACAAAUGAAUUUUUUGUAAAAGCAAAUUUAGAAUUUUGUCUUCAAAGUAGAUUAAUGGUUACGUGUGCAGUGUAGUUAGCCUGCUCUUGUCACUGAUGCACCCAUUGUCAGAUAUAAACAUAGCCUUGUUCGCAUAGUUAGAAACACAUGUUUUACCCAACAGUACUUCCAUGCUAACUUUUGGAGCUUUAUAUAGCUAGCACAUGAUGUAACAAAAUUUCUAAUCCCAAAUUAGAUUAUUAGAAUCCAUACUUAAGAAUACUUGUGUUUGAUAACAUUGGAGGGGUAUGUGGAAGGAUUUAUGAGGAUGAUUUUUAAGCAAGAUAUUAUCUAUUGAUAGUCGUAUGUCAAGAUCAAUGUAACAUGUGAAAAAACAACAAAUCCAUGAGUAUCAACUAUUAUUAACUCAUCCAUUCCUAGUAUACAUUGGCACUGACCCAGCCCAUAUGUGUAUGAAUAAAUAGCACAAAAUAAGUUAAAAGUAAUAAACUUCACAUCAUGUUGAUCAUGUCUUGUAAAGUUCUUAUCAUAUACUUGGACAGGUGUUUUCCAGAUAGAUUCUAUUUUCAGACCAUUGCAAAAGAUUGUACAGAAAGAAGACU